AUGGAGGCGACAGAUAAGUAUCAAAACCACUGCAUUUCAAAUCACAAAAUCACCACAUUUGCCUCUUUGAGGGUAGAGGAUGAGGUGGGGAAAGAUGCUGGUGAGGUAUUUUGCAUUCAGUUAAAGUCAACAUGGAGAUGUCACUUCAGUGAUUUAAGACAUCAAAGCAAAAGACGGAUGCAAACUGAAGUGUUGCAUAAACAAAAGUCUAGUAAUUUAUCUACUUAUUUGGGGAUACCUUUUGUUGGGUGUUUCCUAUUAUUGGGUUUGCGAAUCACUAUGAUGGGGUUUCAUCAUUUGUUCGGUUGGAAGUGUUGUACCCUCUUUUUGGUUGUAACAAUAGUUUUGGUUUUGAGGGGUGAUUGUGUUGAUCAUGCUGCUUUGGAUGAUUGUGUUUGUGCUUCUUAUGUUCCAGGUGUGUGCAGGGUUUUGGGUUGUUCACAGUCUCGGAAUGGGCCUUUUGGGGUCGGUAUUGUGGGUCUACUUCGAUUGCUUGCUGAUUUGUUAAAGUUGAUAAAAAAGUUUAAUUGUAUCUUUAGGAGGAGUAGCUGUAUUGCCUUAUUAGGCUUUUUCAUUGGCAAUUUUGCUUGUGAUUUACUCGUUUAUUUAUUUACAGUAGACAUUUUGGUGCUAGUUAUGAUGGACUUUCUAGGUAUUCUGCGUUGUGUGCGUUAUGAUUAUUUUGUGAAAAUUUACAUGAAAUCUGUUUAUGUGUUAUAA